AUGGCCGACCUUCAGGCCUUACGAGCGGCAAAGGUUGCUUACCAGGCCCGCAAGGCCCAAGACGCCCGCAAGGCCCAAGACGCCCGCGACGCCCAAGAGACCCGCGAGGUCGCCGCCUCAUCUUCGACAGGCGCAGAUGCCUCGAACAUGUCGCAGAACAGCGCUGUGACAGACACAAUCCCCUCAAACGACAAUGAGCUUGCGACUAGAGGGCCAUCAGUGGAGCGAGAAAGCGCUUCACUCACGACUGAUCUGCAUCAUAGCGAUGCAAUGGUAGUGCAACGAUCAUUGAAGCGGAAGAAUGCUUCAGCUACGGAACCUCGGCAAAAUCCAUCGUUGCAUACAGAGAAGCGACCACAGCGAGAGAAGCCAGAGGAUCUCGCAAUCAUGCCAGUCCUGAGGCUAAGCCCGCCGCUGCGACCAGAGCACCGCCUAAGACCGGAACAACCAGAGGACUUCGCGAUAUUGCCAUUCCUAGCGCUGGCGGAUGAUUGGCCAGAGGAUACUAGGAAGCCUGGACAAGAGGCAGACCAGACUGAGGACGAAGAUCCGCCUCAGCAGAGCAGCCGGGCUCAAUAA